AAAAUAUGAGACUAUCAAUCGGGUCAUAAUUGGUUUUGUAGUACUGGAAAAAGCUACGUUGUGUUAACCGACACUGGUUACAACUCAGAAACCAAACAGUCUCUAGCCUCGAAAUCUUGGGUUCAUGGCCGCGGAAAUCAGCUAUCUUUCUUCCUGAAUCUUCACUUCCUAGUUUGAAUUCUGAAAGACCAGUUACAGUUCCGAUCAGUCCCGAAGCUCUACUUCCACCGGAGCGAGUGAAGAUGCAUCUGAACUUGUCAAUUCCUGGCAUUAGACAGUCAACGGAGCAGAGGCACAGACCACUUCAGCUAAAACACGCUUUACAAUCAGUCAAAGCCCAGCUACCUCUGAACCAGUGCCUCUUCCUUCUCGCCACCAUCCUUCUCCAAAUCUGGAUUCUCUUCUCCCUCAUCCACUCCUCCCCGUCCAAGUCCCCUGCCGGCAGCCAACAUCUCCUGGCUAACCACCAGGAUUGCAGCUCCGGCAAGGUCUACGUCUACGAGAUUCCUCGGAAGUUCAACUACGAACUCGUGGAGAACUGCAAGGAGCUGGAUCCAUGGAAGGGAACCGGGUGCAAGGUGGUCGCAAAUGGCGGAUUCGGACCGCCGGCGACCGGACUCGAGAGCGUUGUUCCCGAGAAUCUCAUCCCGGCGUGGUAUUGGACGGAUAUGUACUCUGUAGAGCUGAUUUACCACGAACGGAUGCUGAAUCACAAGUGUAGAACGAUGGAUCCGAAUGAGGCCACCGGAUUCUUCUUACCCUUUUACGCCGGCAUCGCCGUCGGGAGGUAUUUGUUCACGGAGUUCAACUACACUUACCAAGAUCGGGACCGGUACUGUGAGAUGUUCCUAGAUUGGCUGGAAGAGCAGCCGACUUAUAUCAAGCACAAAGGUGUGGACCAUUUCAUAGUUCUGGGUAGAUUGACCUGGGAUUUCCGGCGAUUGGCCGACAACGACGGCGAUUGGGGGACGAGUUUCCUGUACAUGCCUCGAAUGAAGAACGUUUUCCGGUUGGGGGUGGAGAAGCACGACAAGGACCGACUGGAAGAGAGCGUGCCGUACCCCACCGGAUUCCACCCCCGGUCGGAAGCCGACAUCCGGCAGUGGCAGAGCCACGUCAGAUCCCAGAAGCGCGACAGCCUCUUCACCUUCGUCGGAGCGAAGCGUCACAAAAUCAAAAACGACUUCCGAGGGAUGCUGAUGGACUACUGCAUCGACGAGGAGGCGUGCCGGGCGGUGGACUGCUCCGCCGUGAUGUGCUCGGACGGGUCGCCGGCGGUGUUCGACUCGUUCCUCCACUCGGACUUCUGCCUGCAGCCGAAGGGGGACGGGAUGACGCGGCGGUCAAUAUACGACUGCAUGAUCUCCGGCGCCAUCCCGGUGUACUUCUGGGAAGGGACAUUCAAGGACCAGUACGUGUGGCACCUGCCGUGGCGGUCGGAGACGUUCUCCGUCUACAUCGACAACGCCGGCGUCAGGAACAGCAACGGUACGAUGAUCCGGGAGGUGCUGGAAGGAGUGCACAGAGAGAACGUGAGGCAGAUGAGAGAAACGAUCAUCGAUUUGAUGCCGGAAAUCGUGUACGCCAGCCGGAAAGAAGGGCUGGGGAAUGUAAGAGACGCGUUUGACGUCACCCUCGACCGGGUUUUGAAGAGAUUGAAGGCUCGCAAAUGGCACCUCGUGUCUCGAAACGCCGACGAUUAUGAGAUCUUCGAGUGAGAUGAAUGCCGUCUCCCGCCGGCCGUCCGGCGAAAUCUCUGUCACUGUAUUAUUACACCCCCGAUUUUCAUUUUCCGGUGUAACUUGUUUUUCUUGAAUAUUUUAAUAUUAGUUUUAUUUUAUUUUUUGGCGUUUUUGUUAUGGAUAAAUAAAUUUAUGUCGGUUGAGAUCAGAACCAAGAAUGUAAAUUGUCAUUCCAAACAGGGGUAUGAGCGUAAUAAUAGGCGAAAUUAAAAUAGAGGAUCUUGGAUCCAUCAUUUCCUGUCGUCUGCAACGUGGUGUACGUGCCAACGUGCCCAGCAAAUGGUUGAAUCGCGAGUUUUUUAGCGUGAUUAUUUUGAAAUCUGAAUUGGCCAUCAUCAGAUAUGGCGACAUCUAUUUAUUACUCCAAAGUCCAAAUUACAUUUGAAGGAGUCAUUUGAAGGAGUCAUUAAUUAAUAUGAUUUGAAGUUUUGAAC